AACAAGUGAGAUAUCAGGUUCACCAGGUUCCAUUGUCCAGGUAUACCCCUGUAGUGUGAAAAUAAAGGAAGAACCACAGGAGACUGGGAAUCAAGAGUUACUUCAAGAUCCAUUAAAAAUUGAGGCUCCAUUUUACAACACAAAGGAAGAUCCAGGACUGAAAUUGAAUUAUCUGGAAGACCCAUUUAUAGCCUCGGGGUCCACUGAUCAUAUUAAGGAGGAUUCAGUACUAAAUUUAGGAGCAGAAGAAAUUGAGACUUUUAUGUUCAGCAAUCCCGAAUAUGAUCCUGUGGGAGUUAAGAUGGAGGAGGUGGAAGCCUCAACAAGAUAUGCAUCUGAUAGUGCAAGAUUGACUCAGACUACUGGUGGGAGCUGUGGCAUAUCAUGUGAAGACAUUUAUCACCAUGGGCUGGUCCAGGAUGAUUCGGUGAUAGACAAGGAGAAGUCAGCACAUGAGUUUGGUACAGAAAAUGUGACUAUUGACAAGGAAUGCUCAGUUGCCACCCAAUAUGACUGUAGUAAGAGAGAAAAGGAAUUACUUCUAUAUAGCUGUGAUUUCUGCCAACAGAACUUUCCUUCAAAAUACAGACCCAUAAUGCAUGUGUUUAUGCACAUUGAUGGCAUGCAGCCACCUUUGUAUGUUUGUAAGUGGUGUGGUGAGGUAUUUCACAGUAAGGUUAGUUUGAAAACACAUUUGAGAAUGAGAGAGAAUUAUCAUGUCUUAACUGCUGGCCACCAUGAAAAAUAUGACUAUAGUGAUGAGCAUCAAAGCAGUAUCUUCUUGGAUAGUGAGCCAGAAGUUUCUUUUACAGAACACAUUGAACAGUCUUCAUAUAAGGAAACUUGGAAAAUUUCAAAGAAGGCCUCUAAUGACAUGUGUAACAGACACAUGACAAAAGAUGCAGAGAAAACAAGUGCUUAUGGAAUUUUAUCUACAGCUGUUAAUCUCAGUGCCCAGGCUGAUCUAUAUAUUGCAAACAGAACCAACAAAUGUGGUAUUUGUGCCAAAUGGUUUGCAAGGUCAGGCGAUCUGAAGAGACACUUAUUAAUUCACACUGGAAUAAAACCUCACAAAUGUGAAAUUUGUGGGAAAUCUUUUACUUUGUUAGGCAGUCUCAAGAAGCAUUCAUUAAAUCACACUGGAAAGAAACCUCACAAAUGUGAGAUUUGUGGAAAAUUUUUUGCUAGAUCAAAUUGUCUCAAGACUCAUGUAUUAAUUCACACUGGAAAUAAAUCUCACAAAUGUGAGAUUUGUGGAAAAUGUUUUUCUAGAUCAGGUUAUCUCAAGACACACGCGUUAAUUCACACUGGAAAGAAACCCUACAAAUGUGAGAUUUGUGGGAAAUGUUUUGCUACAUCAGGUUAUCUCAAGACUCAUGUAUUAAUUCACACUGGAAAGAAACCUCAUAAAUGUGAGAUUUGUGCAAAAUGUUUUACUACAUCACGUUAUCUCAAGAUUCAUGUACUAUUUCACACUGGACAGAAACCCUACAAAUGUGAGAUUUGUGCAAAAUGUUUUGCUAGAUCAGGUUCUCUUAAGACACAUGUAUUAAUUCACACUGGAAAGAAACCCUACAAAUGUGAGAUUUGUGGGAAAUGUUUUGCUACUUCAGGUCAUCUCAAGACUCAUGUAUUAAUUCACAAUGGAAAUAAAUCUCACAAAUGUGAGAUUUGUGGAAAAUGUUUUGCUACAUCAGGUUGUCUCAAGACUCAUGUAUUAAUUCACACUGGAAAUAAGUCUCACAAAUGUGAGAUUUGUGGAAAAUGUUUUACUACAUCAGGUUAUCUCAAGACUCAUGUACUAUUUCACACUGGACAGAAACCCUACAAAUGUGAGAUUUGUGGGAAAUGUUUUGCUACAUCAGGUUCUCUUAAGACACAUGUAUUAAUUCACACUGGAAAGAAACCCUACAAAUGUAAGAUUUGUGGGAAAUGUUUUGCUACAUCAGGUUAUCUCACGAAUCACAUACUAGUUCACACUGGAAAGAAACCUCACAAAUGUGUGAUUUGUGGGAAAUCCUUCGCUAGGUCAGGCACUCUCAAGAGGCAUAUAACAAUUCACACUGGAAAGAAACUUCACAUCUAGAAAAGACCUCACAAAUGUGAUAUUUGUGGCAAAUCAUUUACUACAUCAGGUGAUCUCAAGACACAUGCAUUACUCCACAUGGGAAGGGGACCUCACAAAUGUGAUAUCUGUGACAAAAGUUUCACUCAGUUGGGUACUUUCAAGACACAUGCAUUACUUCACAUCAGAAAGUAACUACAAGUAAAUGUUAGUUUAUGCAAAUAGAUAUUCCUGGUUGGUGCCCUAAAGGCCUAUAAAAUAAUGACUGUAGUAGGGGGACAAUAAAUUGUAAUGCCUGUGAAAUAACAUUAAAGUGUUGUAGAAUUGUGAAAAAAGUGCAAUAAUCUGUACUAUAUUGAGGUAAGAGAUAAUGUGAAAUAUAAAAAUCGCUAUCUGCAGCUUGAGAUGUUAAGAAAUUGUAUUACUAAAUACUCCAGAAACAUUAAUCAAAUGUGUUUUUGUCAUUAACACUGUCAAUAGUUAUAAUUACCACGCAAUAUUCAGUAUAAGGCCAAGGAAAUGUGAUGACUUGCUGCUUAUUAUUCCAAACAUGGUCAUUAUGUAGUACUUGUAACUCUGCAUUUGAGAAAGUGACAGCAAAAAUAUAUUCAUGGCACUUCCUUCACUCAGGUUCAUAAACUGAACACGGGAGAUCCAUGAUUAUGGCAA